UACUAUGUGAGCUGUGAUUGGUCACAGCUUGUCACAUGGUACAAGGCUGUUAUGAAUAGCCUUGUAUCAUGUGACCUCUGUGAUCAUUCACAGAUUUCACACGUAGAAAGCAAUGAUGUCAGGAAGUGACAUCUGGUUUACUACUAUUCAUGUGAUCACUGACUGACCAAUCAGGGAUCACAUGAAUCGGGACCUCACAAAAGAGAUCCUGUACAGCGAUCGAUGUCCUCCGGACACAGCGGGCACCGGCACUGUGGCUGCGUAUGGCAGCAAGUACCCCUACCUGGAAAUGCAAAAUCACGUAUAUAUUACACACACGGUUUUGCACACCCAUGCCACCCCGUAGCAGUAUUUCUGCUAUAGGGCGGUCGGGAAGUGGUUAA